AUGGAGGAAGAAGGGGCAAUUGUGGAGGAAGAAGGGACAGCUAUGGAGGAAGAAGGGACAGUUAUGGAGGAAGAAGGAGCAAUUGUGGAGGAAGGAGGAGCAGAUGUGGAGGAAGAAGGGGCAAUUGUGGAGGAAGAAGGGGCAAUUGUGGAGGAAGAAGGGGCAAUUGUGGAGGAAGAAGGGGCAAUUGUGGAGGAAGAAGGGGCAGAUGUGGAGGAAGAAGGGACAGUUAUGGAGGAAGAAGGGACAGUUCUGGAGGAAGAAGGGGCAAUUAUGGAGGAAGAAGGGGCAGAUAUGGAGGAAGGAGGAGCAGCUGUGGAGGAAGAAGGGGCAUUUGUGGCAAGAAAGUACAACUGUGAAGGAAGAAGGAUAUCUGUGGAGGAAGGAGGGACAUCUGAAGAGGAAGAAGAUACAGUUUUGGAGGAAGGAGAGACCACUGGGGAGGAAGAAGAUACAGUUGUAGAGGACAGAAGAAUAGCUGGGGAGGAAGGAGAGACAGUUUUGAAGGACGGAGAGACAUCUGGGGAGGAAGAAGAUACAGUUGUAGACGGAGAGACAGCUGGGGAGGAAGAAGAUACAGUUGUAGACGGAGAGACAGCUGGGGAGGAGGAAGAUACAGUUGUAGACGGAGAGACAGCUGGGGAGGAAGAAGAUACAGUUGUAGACGGAGAGACAGCUGGGGAGGAAGAAAAUACAGUUGUGGAGGAAGGAGAGGCAGCUGAGGAGGGGGAGAAGAAGGAACAGUUGUAG